AUGGAGGGUGUUAGUGUAGAAAGCUGGUUGCACCGUCCGCCUCCCGCUGCCCAGAAUUGGGGUAGAGAUUCAGUACAAGCAGCGUGUAGGGGCGCGGCUCGCCACACGGUUAGACGCGACUCAGCUCUUCCUGACAACGACACUUAUUUUGUAGAAUCAGUUCCCAAUUUUAAAAAAUUCAAACACCUGCUGAGCUUUCAAGAAGCUGUGACGAUGCAGACUGCCUACCACUCCUUUGCCAGCGUGUGCAUCAAAGAUGCCGCCAGAAUGACUGAAGAUGGAAAUUAUAAAGAUAUCAAAUACAAUUUAUUGCAGUUUAAAAAAACAUAGAUUCUUACAUAAACUCUCGCGCUACACUUUCAUCUCAAUUAAUAUUUUCAUAAUUAUACGUAUACUUAAAGGUAAACAAUCUUAGUGUGUCUUUUAAAUUGAAUGUUAGUAAAACAAACCAUUAUCUUACUCUUCUUGUAGUUCAUUUGUUUAAUUAUUUAUGACAUGUACUGAAUAUGGAUCAAGUUAUCUGAAAUAAAUGAAUUUAAUUAAUUAAUUAAUAAUAAUGUUAUUAAACAGAUACACUAAAAUUGUUAACCUUUUAUGACAAGUCUAAAGAAAUGCAGGAGGUAUAACAAUAAUAGAUUUCAAAUUUCACUAAUUAGUUUCGUUAAUUAGGUAUAUUUAGUUACAUCAAAGUUAACUACAGUUUAUGUUUGCAACAUCGUUGCCAAAAUAUCCGUGCUCCAUAGAAGCUCUGAAGAACUUGAAGAAGAUAUUGGUGGCACAUUCGUGAUCUACCCUGUAGAUCCGGGCUUUUGUAGUUUUGUUCCUCAUCAGAAGCUCGUCUCUACAGGUAUCUCACGGCUGGGAGACCUCGCUACUAACUACUGUGUGAAAACCGAGAAAAAAUACUAUGAAGAUCAUUGCAAGAUGAAAACGUGAAGACCAUGCUUUGUUUUUGUUUUCAUGUUUAACUGUUUUAGGUAUAUCCUACAUACUUACUUAUCGAAUUGUCCAACUUAAAACCACAUGUUAGUUUAAAGUGAAAAGUAGAAAUUCAACAAUUUCAAAACCUGAACACAUAGUAUGUAUGUUUCGUAAAUUCAUUUUCAUAUUCAUAUUUUUUUGACACGCUAACCUUCAAAUAACAGUAUUUCAUGAAACUAUUUUAUAUUCCGAUUAAAAUUCAACUGAAAUUCUGACAUGAAAUACAGCGACCGGAAAACAAUAAAGUGUCAUUCAAUUUAUGUCAUAAAACUUCGAACACCAGCGCCAUGUCCGCUGAAAAUUCAGGAAAAACCGGAGCUAUGUCAUCGUAUAUUCAUGAAAAAAUCAAAGCUCACGAAACUUUUCAGUAUUUUGGUUGAAUAGGUAAAUUUUAUUAAAUAUUUAUUAUUCAUUUAAUGACUUAAUAGAAUGAUCUUACUUAUUUUCUUUCAGCAGGGAAAUUCUCAUUUUAUAUUCUCAAUAGGCAUUGAAAAAAUAU